UGUUUUUUUUUAGUGAAAUGCACUAAACGUGCGGUAGUGAUUUUUUGUUUUGUGCGAGAAUAAUACUUUUUUGGCGGUUUUGCGGCUCAAAGCCUAUAAAAAAAAAAGCCUCAUCAGAAGGAAGCGUCAGCUCGGAUCUUCGGUGUGAGAAAAAGCCGCGAAGGCUUGGCGUCAUGGCGGAGGAAGGGGGUAUGCGCGAGCCACCGAGCGAGCGACGUGCCGACAUGGAUGCCGACUCCGACAGCAACAUCGAGGCGGCUGCGUCGCCUGCGGCCGCCGACGCGCCGGAGGGCGGCGAUUCGCAGGCCUCCGAGAACCCGGAGCCCGCCGAAAAGCAACCCGUGGUCAUCGUCAAAGUGCCCUACAACGAGCACAGUGACGUCACCGCCAGGACGGAGGAACAAAUUGAGGAGUUCCAGACCAAGCACAAGGUCAAGAUCGAGGGCGAGGGAGUUUCAAAGCCGAUCCUCAAGCUCGAAGAAGCUGGUCUUCCCGAGGAGUUUGUGAGCAAGAUCAAGGAUGUCCUGGGAAGUUCGUUACCUGCGCUAGCCUCGUACGGACUGCCGGCACUGCUCAGCAACCGAGACUUCAUUGGACUGGGUGACUCCUCCAUGUCGGAGAAGGUCAUUUCGUUUCUUCCAUCUGUCGUCAUGCAUUGCCAGCGGAACAUCAAGAGUGACGCAAAGGGCCCCGUUGCGCUUCUGCUUGCGUCCAGUUGUAGGCAGGUGCGCGACAUCUACAAGUACUUCCGGGACACUGGCCGGUCGCUGGACCUGGAGUGCCUCGAAAUCUCGGAGGAGACCUCCAACGACCGUGAAGACUUCCAGUCAGAAUUCCAUGUGGCCAUUUCCACGGUCAGCACCAUGCAAAAAGUGCACACGUCGGGUCACUUCGACUUUGGGACGAUCUCUGUAGCGAUCCUGUACGGAGUCGACGAGCUCUAUGACGGCAGCCACGCGGACGCAAUCGGCCAGAUCCUGAAAGACGUUCAUCCCGAGCGUCAGUUGGUGGCCUUCAGCAGAAGCUGGCUGCCCGACAUCCGAAACGCUGUCCUCGCACUGGCCAAGAACCCCGUCAUCGUGCAGAUCGGGGACGUCGAGACGGCGCCUCUGCCGAGCGGCGUCGCCAUCGACGUCCGCAUCAUGGACGACGAGAGUGCCAAGAAGAAAGACCUGCAGAGCUUACUUGAAGAAACUCUGAGGAAAGAGGACGCUGGAAAGACGGUCAUCGUGGUGAAGACAAAGCGCAAGGCCAAAAACACCAAGAAGUCAGUCGACAGCAAAGAUUUCCCAGCUGACGUGCUCAUAGCUGGACGCGGGAGGUCAAAGGCGUCGGACCGGGAUGCUGUUGUGAAAGAUUUCAGGUCUGGCAAGGUCAAGCUGCUUGUGGCGACAGCAGCGACGCUGAAGGAUAUCGGCAAGGAAGAGGUGAAAAACCUGGUGAUGUUCGACUUCCCGGCAUCGCCAAGGGAGUUUGGCCACCUGCUGCGCCAGACGGUGCCCACGCUGAAGGUGGCCAAGGUGUACGCCUACCUGACCAACGUGCAGGGUCGGCACGCCCCGGGUCUGGCCGACCUGCUGCGUAGUGCGGAGCUGGAGCCCAAUGAGAAGCUCGUCUCACUGGAAGAAUGGGCGAAAUCUGCCGCUGAAGGGAAAGGUCCCCCAUUGCCGACGGCCAAGGAAGGCGAUGACGACGACAAGGACGAUGAGGAAUCGGACAGCUCGUCCGACGACGACCGGCGGCACGGCCGCGGCAGCAGCAGCCAUCGGGACCGUGACAAGGACCGCGAUAAGGACCGUGAUCGGGAUCGCAAGCGGUCGUACUCGCGUAGCCGUUCACGGAGCCGCUCGUCUGAGGACGACUACCGGAGCUCUUCGAAGCGCAGCCGGCGUAGCGGCGGUGGGAGCCGCUGGGGUGAUGAUGAUCGGGACCGCGGCGACAGAGGCCACCGGCGCGGCGGUCGAGGGGGCGGCGGCUUUAGGGGUCGCGGAGGUGGGUUCCGGGACCGGGACGACUAUGGCGGCGGUGGCCGGGGGCGCGGUUUCGGCCGUGGCGGUCGCGGAGGCUUCGGCGAUCGGGGAGGAGGAGGUAGAGGAGGCUACGGUGACCGUGGGGGCGGUCGCGGAGGCUACGGAGACAGGGGUGGUCGCGGGGGCGGUUACGGCGAUCGUGGGGGAGGGCGGGGUGGCGGUGGCUACGGGGACCGCGGUGGCCGCAGCAGUUACGGCGACAGGGGUGGUGACGACUACGGUGGAGGAGGUGGCCGAGGUGGGCGCGGCGGUUACGGAGGAUAUGGCGGGGACCGGGGUGGGGGCGGACGAGGUGGUUACGGGGAUCGCGGUGGCAGGGGAGGCUAUCGGGAUCGCGGCAGCGACGACGAACGAGGAGGUGGUGGUUACGGCGACCGAGGCAGAGGCGGCGGGGGUGGCUAUGGCGAACGUAGCAAUGGUGGUGGAGGACGCUGGGAUGACCGGGACAGUGACAGUGGCGGCGGCGGCAUCCCCCGGUUCCAGGGAGGCGGCGGCAGGGGCGGCCGUGACAGCGGUGGUUUUGGCGGUCGUGGAGGCGGUGGCUACGACGAUCCGCGUGGUGGGGACGGCUACGAACAGGGGGGUGGCAGCGGCGGAAGAGGGGGCCCUGGUGGCGGCGGCUAUGGAGGAGGUGGUGGCUCUGGAAGUUACGGCCAGGCUGGCAACCCUGGCCAAGGCCAAGGUGGCGGCGGCGGCUACAGGGACUGGAGCGCCCAGCAGCAGCAGCAGCAGCAGUCUCAGGGCGGAGGACCCGCCUUGGCACCCACAGGUGUGCAGCAGACCCUACAGCAGUUGGCUUCUGGUUACUAUACCAGCGAGCAACGUGGUGGCGGCGGUGGCAGCAGUGGCGCUGGGCCCAAGUCUCAAGGCGGUGGUGGUGGUUCAUCACGGUUUGGACCUGGUGGUGGUGGAUCGGGCAACUCCCAACAGCAGCAGACGCCAGGUGCUCAGGCAGCCACUGCAGCUGCCUUCGCGUACAUUCAGAAUGCAUAUGGACAACAGCGGCAAGACUCUCAGCAGCAGCCACAGAAGGGUGGUAGCGGUGGUGGCGGGUACCAGGCCUUUGCACAGCAGCAGCAGGCGCAGUACAUGUCCCAGCAGGGCGGCUACUCGACGGGUGCACAGCAGCAACAGGCUGGCUACGGAGGCGGCGGCGGUGCUGGCAGCCAAGCCUACAGCACGACGUACCCCACCACCGCCUAUCAGACAGCGGGUGGCGCAGCACAGCAAAAGCAAGGUGCCGUGGCAGGUCAGGGCGGGCCUGCCGCUUACCAGAUGGCGCAGCAGGCUCAGUACAACAGUUACAACACCCAGUAUGGCGGCGGUGGUGGCAACGCGGGGGCCGGAGGCCAGUUUUACCGCUCGGGGAACCAGUAG